ACAACCACUGCUGCCCAAACUACUACCACACCUUCCCCAAGAAAAACAACUGCUGCACCAACUAUAACCACAGCUUUCCCAACUACAACUGUUGAAACAACUACUACUACUACACCUUCCCCAACUACAACCAAAGCUGCCCCGACUACAACAACUACUGCACCGACUACAACUGCUACAUCAACAACUACCUCUCUUACCCCAACUACAACCACGCCUGCACAAACUGCAACAACUGCUACACUGAGUACAACUGCUGCACCAACAACUACCACUACUGCCCAAACUACAACCACACCUGCCCCCACUAAAACUACAGCUUCCCCAACAACAUCCACACAUUCCCCAACUUCAACAAUUGCACCAACCACUACCACAAUCAAACCAACUACAACCAGAGCUGCAAAUUCUAAUACAACAGCUUCCCCAACUACAGCUGCUUCAAUUAUAACCACUACUGCAAAAACUACAAAAUCUGCCCCAACUACAACAGUGGCCCAAACUACAACCACUGCAUCACCAACGACAGCUGCCACAACUACAACCACUGCUGCACCAACUAAAACAAUGGCUGCCCCUACAACAACCAAAUCUGCUCAACCUAAAACCACUGGUACACCAACUACAGCUUCCCAAACUAAGGCCUCUGCCACACAAACUACAACUACAGCUUCCCCAUCUACAACCACUGCCGAACCAACUACAACUAAAGGUACCCCAACAAACACAGCUGACCAAACUACGACUGCUACACUAUCUAGAACAGCUUCUCCAACUACGGCUGCUCCAACUCCAACCACUGCUGCACAAACUACAAAGACGGCAUCUUCAACUACAACUACAUCUUCCCAAACUACAACCACUGCUACGCCAACAAACACUUUUAAAACAACAGCCAAAGCUGUAGCAACUACAACUACAGCUUCCCCAAUUACAACAACUGCUGAAAUGACUACAAAUACAGCUGCACCAAAAACUACCACUCCUUCCCAAACUACAACCACACCUGUCUGCCCAAACAAACACUGCUGCAAGGACUACUACCACACCUUUCCCAACUACAACCACAGCUUCACUGACUACAAACAGUGCUGCACCAACUACAACAACUGCCGCACAUAA